GAAGGAGUUAGGAUUACGUGUUGGGAGAAAUCCUAUUUACUUUAUCGUCGUUCCACUGUUUGUAUCCAUGGUAUUAGCUACGGGUCUUCACAAGUGGCACGACGAAAGGAACAUGAAAUAUUUAUUUGGACCCAAGAAUACCAGACAUGUUAAAGAAGAAGAAGUUAUAGCACGACUAUUUCCAAUGAAUUUAUCUUCCGAUGCACACAUGGAAAGGAUGAACAGAGAACCAAAUGUAGUAGUAGUCCUAAUUACAGCCAAAGACGAAGGAUCAAUGCUUCGAAAAAAAGUAUUUCGAGAAAUUAUUCAAUUAGAUGAAAUUAUUCAAAAUAUAAAAACUGCGGACAAUUUCACAUACAAUGAUUUGUGCGCACGAAAUAACAAAAGAUGCUUCGAAAAUUCUAUUUUAUUCAUGCAGAAUGAAGUGGAAAUGAUAGAAAACAAAACUUAUACUAUUAAAUAUCCUUUACACGAAAUAAGUCGAUACGAGUAUCAACUGAACAGUUUAUUUUUAGGAGGUGUACAAAAAACUUUAGAAGAUUACGUGAAAAGCGCGAAAGUGUUGAGACUCGUUUACUACUUUAAUGACGAUUCGAGUAUUGACAGAAACAGAGUAGAAGAAUGGCAAAGUUUGUUUUUGGAUCGUAUUGAAUCAAGUAAUUUUGAGUACAUAAUCGUCGAUCGAUACACGUCGAUUACAAUCGAACAGGAACUAUUUAAAGUGUUGUAUCGUUUACUUCCUCAACUUCCGAUUGCAAUGUUAGCAGUAGUAAUCUUUUCAAUGCUGACUUGUCUGUAUAACAGUUGGAUCGAGAGCAAACCUUGGAUCGGAGUCAUUGCAUUAAUAUCGGGAGGAAUGUCUUUGGCUUCGUCAUUUGGAUUGAUCAUGUAUUUUAAUACACCGUUUGUGGCUCCAGCUGGAUCUAUACCAUUUCUAAUUAUAGGUAUAGGCAUGGACGACGCAUUCAUCUUUUUAGCUGCGUGGAAAAAAACCGACCCACAGAAGACCGUACCGGACAGACUCUCAGAAGUUUAUUCGGAAUCCGUCAUUUCUGUUACCGUAACUUCAGUAACGAAUUUCAUAGCCUUCACUUCAGGACUGUUCACCCCUUUCAGAGUAAUAACUUAUGUUUGUUUGUAUGCAUCGGUUGCUGUUGUCUUCUGUUACGUUUAUCAGAUAACGUUUGUUGGGGCUUGAAUGGCAGUCUUUGGAUAUGUGGAGAAACAAGGGAGAGAUUCUUUAUUCUUUACAAAAAUAAAUACUCAGAAAGGUAAGAAUAACAUAAUGAAUUUUUCAACAUAUAUAUAUUUAUUUGUUUGUUUGUUUACAGAAAACCGUUCUUGGAUUCGAAAGUUUCUAUUUUCUAUUCAAUCUUGGAAAUCUACGAAAAAUGAUGUUGCUCCUAAGCCGUCAAUUUUUAUUUGAUUCGGUUAUAUUUUAUCAAUUUGGUACGUGAAAAUAGUUAUUUUCUUCAUCAUCGCCGGACACGUUGCUGUAGCACUUUGGGGCAUGACUCACACGCAUAUUUUCGGGUCACUUUCUGAGGCGGUGACAUAUGAUUCAUAUUUUGCAGAAUAUCAUAAAAAAAUUUUUAACAAUUUCAAUCACUACGAAUACAGAUUCCAAAUCAUUAUCGAUCAAGAAAUAAAUUACGCAGACGUACAAAUUCAGAAUGAAAUAGAGAAUUUUUUCUCAGAAAUGGAGAGAAAAGGAUUAAUUGCAAAUUUUCUUACCGAGUCUUGGCUCAGAUCCUAUUUGAAAUUUCUCAAGGACCGAAGAAUCUCAUUAUCUGUACAAUCAUUUAACAUAAGUGAUACGAAGGAUUUUAUCUCAAUUUUGCGCAGUGUUUUUCUACGUUAUUCUUCUGCACGACGAUUUCGUAAUGAUAUUGCAUUCAACUCUAAUUACUCAGCUAUCGUGGGAAGCAGAUUACUUUGUCAGACUAAAUUUACUACGGAAGAAUCUUCAUAUUUAACUUUUAUAAACAUGAGGAAACUUACUGAAAAAAUGCCUUUUAAAGUUUUUCCGUUUCACUUUUUGGCUUA